CCCGGCAACCGGCGGGCGGCCCCGCGGAAACGGAAACGCGCGGGGCCAGCGGGGCCGCCGGGAGCGGGGGUGGGCUCGGUUUGAACCGUUGGCCGCUCGGCCGGGCCGGCGCUGCGCGGGGCUGCCUUUCCCCGCCGUGGGGGGGCCGGGACCCGCCGGCCCGGCUGGGCCCACCCCGGCCCCGCGGAGAGCGAGGUGUUCUUUCAAAAUGAAUGGGGAAGAGGAAAUAUGGGAAAAACUGGAUGCGGAAUUUGAUCAUUGCGUUGUGGAUAUGAAGCCUCACGUUCUAAAACUACAGCAUAGGUCAGAACGACAAAGGUGUGCACUGUGGAUUAAAAAACUAUGCGAGCCCUCAGGAGCGGGGACAGGAACGGUGGGAAGGAAGAAUCGCAACCUCUAUGCCAAACUUUUGCUCCACAUGCUGAAGCGAGGGGUGCUGGAAGGUCCUUUUACACACAAACCAGAACCGGGGACACUGAAAACUUUACCUUCAUACAUGUCCAUUUAUUUUGAUGAGCCAAAUUCAACGAGAGUUGGGAGUAGCAGCCCAGACUGCCUACCUGACUGGGUCAUGGGAGAGCUGGGAGACAGCGACUGGAAGCUCGAGGAAUCCUGGAAGAUCUCCUCGCAGGAGGAGUCACCGUCAGCAACACUGCUUACACAUGGACCUCAGAUAUUACAGUGGCAAAGCACAGUGGUCACAAGGGAAAGAUUCAAGUGCAAUGAGAAGCCGGCAUUAAGAUCCCAUUCGAUGAGUCCUCCUCACCGCACAGAUGAAGAUAAUCUAACCACACCACGCUCUGAGCAUCACCAUAAAAAAGCCAUGUCUCUGGAUGACAGUGACCUCGAAGCACGUCUCAAUAGUUGGAAUCUUGGGUUAGAAAAUCCAAGAUACUUGCGGGAGAAACCGAUGCCAAUGUCUUUGAUGACACCGAAAACUGGCCUAGGAAAAAGCAGCACGUUUCGUGAUGAACAGGCGCUAUUUCGAAUGCAUGAAAAAGAGCUGGACAUGAAAAUGAAAAUAGCAGAAGGCAAAUUUCAUGAAGAAAAGCUGAAGUUGCAGCAGAAGCACGAUGCCGAUGUUCAGAAGAUCUUGGAUAGAAAGAAUGAUGAAAUAGAGGUGAUGAAGUCCCUCUACAAAAACAAACAGAAUGAAGCUGAGGAGACCAUUAGAAAACUGGAGAAAAAAGUUCAGACCCUUGUUCGUGAGUCACAAGUCGUCAGAGAAGCGAAAGAGAAGCAGAUUGUGGAGUUAAAGAAGAUGUGUGAGCAGAGCAAUGAUUCUCUGAACAACGAGUGGGAGAAAAGGCUCCACAACGCGGUGGCGGAGAUGGAGAAGGAGAAGUUCACGAUUCGGAAGAAGCACACGGAGGAUAUGCAGGAGCUGCUCGAGGACACCAACGCGCGGCUCAGCAAGAUGGAGGAGGAUUAUUUGGAACAGAUCAAGUCAACCAACCAGACGGUCAAGAAACUGGAGGCUCGUGUCCAGCAGUUGACAGUUGAGGCUGAAAAUAGUAAUUUACAGCGUCAAAAAUUAUCUCAGGAAAAGACGGAUGCAGAGCAACGUUACCAGGCGGUUUGCUCUGAACUUCAGGAAGUGAAAGCAAGGCUCUGCUCACUUCAGAAGGACAAGGACCACAUUGUAAAGGAAUACGAGGAGACCAUUCAACAACUACAAAGUAAAUACGAUGUUGAUAUCAGUUUUGCAAAGCAGGAACAUGCUCUAUCUGCAGCUAAGGCAUCUGAUGCGAUUGAAGAAUUACAGCACAGUGUGUCUCUGUUAAAACAACAGUUGCAAGAUUCAGACCAUCAGAGGCAGCAACAGCUGAGGGAUCAAGAACACAAGCUUCAACAGAACAAACUUCACUUAGAGCGUGCGUAUGAAAAACAGAUUCAAGACAUCCGGAAUGAUCUUGAUAAAGAAAGAGGGGACGCUCUAAAGAAAGUUCGCAAACUGGAAGAGACUUUGAAGGAGAAGGAGGAGCAGCUGGCGCGGGUGACAGAGGUACAGAGGCUGCAGGCCCAGCAGGCAGAUGCUGCCCUGGAGGAGUUUAAGCGGCAGGUGGAGCUGAACUCAGAAAAAGUCUACGCUGAAAUGAAACAGCAGAUGGAAAAGGUUGAAGCAGAUCUAAGCAAAUCAAAAUCGCUCCGGGAAAAGCAAUCCAAAGAAUUCUCAUGGCAAUUGGAAGAGCUGAAGCAAAGAUAUGAGCAACAGAUAGUGGAGCUGAAGCUGGAGCAUGAACAGGAGAAGACGCACCUAUUCCAGCAGCACAACGCAGAGAAGGACGGUCUGGUCCGAGACCACGAACGGGAAAUCGAGAAACUGGAAAAACAGCUCCGCGCUGCCAUGGCAGAGCACGAGACUCAAACCCAAGAAUGCCGGAAACGAGACGGCCAGGUAAUCUGUGAGAUGGAGCAGCAGCUGCAGCAGCUGCGGGAGGAGCUGGUGCAGGUGAAGGCGCAGCGGAAGCAGCAGCUGCUGGAGCUGCGGCGUCAGUGGGAAGAGGAGAAGCAGCGGGCGGCUCGGGACCACGAGGCGGUGGUGAAGAAGCUGAAGGUGGAGGCAGAGAAAAUGGCAUUCGACCUGAAAAAGAUCCAUACGGCGGAAGCAGAGAAGGCCUUGGACAAGGCAAACAGCCGGCUGAAGCAAACGGAAAAGGAGUUCAGCCAGAAGCUGGUGAAAUCCUCGCAGAUGAUCGCUGAGCUUAAGACAGCCGUUUCCUUGCUGACAGAGGAGAACAGCCGGCAGCAGCUCGCUGCCGAACAGCGGCUCCAGGAACUUGGGCAAAAGUUUGAAGAUAAGAAGCAGCAGCUGAUUACAGAUAAUAACAGAGCAAUCAAGGCCCUACAAGAUGAAGUGGAAAUGUGUCGCGCUCAGGCACAGGCUGCAGAGAAGAAGCUGCAGUGGCGGGAGCUGGAGACCCACGAGCAGAUGACCCAUAUACGACAAGAAUACGAAACCACACUCAAAGGUCUGAUGCCAGCAUCUUUGAGACAGGAACUUGAAAACACCAUUGUAUCUUUAAAAUCUCAGGUAAAUAUUCUGCAGAAAAGAGUCUCUGUCCUGCAGGAAGAGCUGAACACCUACCACGCCAGGAGGUAGCUGCUGGAGCUGUUGGAUUUCUUCGAUUGCCGACUGGACUGCUUUGAAUAGGUUUGAAGAUUUGGCUCUUGUAAAUUCAAAUGCAAAGAUCAGUGGCUGUUUUGGUAGCACAUACAAUGUAAUGAAGUUCACGACAACACAUCCAUUGCUCGUGCCAGCAUGUUUUUAGUGGUAUCUUCCUUCCAUUAUUUUUUUUAUUAUCUUAUUUCAGUCUUAUGCUUUCGAUAUCCUGUGUGUUUGACUCCAUGCUGAGCUUGUUUACUCAGCAAGUCGAGUUUCCACUAAUAUUUUUGUUAUUACUUCCCAGUACCAUUCUUUUCACUUUUAUACAUGAAGAAAAUCCCAUUUUCUAUUAUUAUUGUCUAAGAUAUUUUAACAUAUUUUGACAUUGUUCUGUGUCCAUGUGUUUACAUAAUAUUAAAAUAUUAUUAUUUUGUACUA